AUGGAUGAGAAUCUAUCAUUAGAGGCUGUGCCGCUUCAGCGACCCCACCUGUUUGCCGUUCAGCGCAGAAAGGGCGGCAGCAGCGCCGAAGGCAGCAGGCAGAACAGCAGCAGCAGCAGCAGCAACAGAUGCAUCAAAAGCAGUACAGGACUUCUGGCGAAAUGCAUGCUGCCCAUAGAGUGCCGUUCCACUCAUUCGAAGAGCCUUCUAGUGGGCCCACCCCUCUGCCCUGCUGCUGCGCAUGCAGCAGCCGCAACAACAGCAGCAGCAGCGACCGGCUACACCGUGCCGAGACCUGUGCAUGCUGCGCUGCAUACAUGCAACCUCCACAGCUAUAGGGGAGCAUCCACGUCUGUGGAUCAACAGCCCCAGCGAGCCCAUUUGCUUCAGGGGCCCUUCAAGGGGCCCCCUUGGGGGCCCCCUGAGGGGGGCCAAUCAGAAGCGCAGAAGGCGGAUGCAUGCACAAGCCCAGCCUCUCUCUUUUGGAGCUCUCUUCAACGCAGAGGGAUUCUUGAAUUGCAACAAGACAACAAGCCGAACUGGUACUCAGCAACCUCUGCUGCUCCUGCGGCGCCGCUGACACAGCACACAACACGCAGCAGGUGCAGCAACCCAGACAGCAGCAGCAGCAGCAGUAGCAGCAGCAACAGUAGCAACAGUAGCAACCGCAACAGUAGCAGCAGCAACUGCUGGAAAAAUAGUAAUAGUAUGCCGCAGGCAUCGUGGGCGUGUCUGCGCCAGCCGCAGCAGCGCAACCCACAACAGCAGGAGCAGCAGCAACAGCAACGUGCUUGGCCUGCAACGAGUGAUGGCUGGAGCUGCGCGAGAUGCUGCAGCUCAACAGGCAGUCUCUUGCGAGGGCGUUUGUCUGCUGCAGGGCUUGAGGCCCUAGUUGAUGGGGCUGGGAGGUCUGUUGCUGCUGCUGCAAGGCCUGCUGCACCUGCUGCUGUUGUUGCUGCUGCGGGGGACAGCGCUUCCCCCUUUGCUGCGUCGACCGCAGGAGGGCGCGGCUACGGCAGAUGCCCCCCAACAGCAGCAGCAGCAGCAGAUGAAGAAGAUGAAGCAGCUCCCGGCAGCCUUGCAGCAUCUCAUUGCAACCCCUGGAGCGUACGCACUGCAAAACGACGCCCCUUAAGUGCGUGGGGCCCUAAACGAGGAAAUGCUGCUUCUGCUGCUGUGCGUUGCAGCAGCUCGGGGGCCCAGGUGGGGCCCACCGCUGCGAGGCGCUCUCGAACAUCAUGCCUUGCUGCUGCGGCGGCCUCAGCACAACGGAGCAACAGCACCAGCUGCAGCAGCAGCAGCAAGACCACAGCAAGCACUAGAACAGAAACAGCGACAGCAGCUGUCUGCAGGCACGCUGCAGCUGGCAGCCGUAGGGGAUUUAUGAACGCGCAGCAGCAGCCCCAUAAGCAGCACAUUCCCUAUUCCAAGGAGCAGCUUUUCCGACGGCUGCCGCAUCUGCAGCAGAAGCAGCAGCAGCAGGGAGUGCAGCAAGUGCAGAAACAGGCACAGCAGCAACGGUCUGUACAGCAUAUAUCUGCUCCGGCGAUGCUGCAUGCUGUGGAGUACGCUUCAGCAGAUGCGGGUGGCUGCAACCAGCAUCAGCCGCAGCGGGUCGGGCAGCUGCAGCAACAGCAGCACCGGGAACGUGGCGCAUUUGGGCAGUCAGAAGGUACUGCUGGGGCUCUUUCACCUGCAGCAGAAGCAGCUGCUUCUGCUGCUGCUUCCGCUGCAACAGGGUCAACCACUGUUGCUUCAUCGGACGCAGCAGUUGCUGCGGCUGCAGCAACGGUUGCUGUUGCAGCACCACCUAUUGCUGCUGCGGCUCCCUCCGAAACAGCAGCGGUAGAGAAACUAGUGAUACCUCUUCAUGUGGAGCACAGCAGCACCGAGGAGUGUCAGCUGCUUUGCACGCAGCAGCAGCACCAGAAAACGCAGCAUCAGGACCGAAAGAAACAAGAGACAUGGCACCCGCGAGUGCAGCAGUUGCUGCAGCAGCAGCAACUGCUGGAGCACCAGAAAACGCAGCAUCAGGACCGAAAGAAACAAGAGACAUGGCACCCGCGAGUGCAGCAGUUGCUGCAGCAGCGGCAGUUGUACGCAGGCAUUGUCCUCAAGCAUUUCUGUCGGGCGCUGCAGCGCUCUGCUUUCCGCCGCCCUUGGCGGCAGCUGCUGCUGCAUGCAGCUCACCAGCACGCAUUGCAACGCCACCUGCAGCAGGCCCAGACCCCAGGGCAGCAGCAGCAGCCUGCGCAGCGAAAGCCUCCUGUGCACCAGCAGCAACAGUACACACAGCAGCCUGUACAGCAGCAGCAGCAGCAGGGCGCCCAAUGUGUAGACAUCAUGGACGUAGACCUUCACAGCCUUUCCCUUCGCGAUGAAGCCAGCAGUAGAGACGCCUGCAUGAGGCUGGAAGACUAUCGAAGGCGAUUACGACAGCAGCAGCUCCGCCACAAACAGCAGCAACAGCAGCAAAAAGAGCAGCAGCGGAAACAGCAAAAGCAGCUGCAACAGCUCAUCCAGCAGCUUGCCACUGCAGCGCAAGAGCUCAAGAAGGCUAAUGACCAACAGGAGGCCCUUCAGGGGCGUCUCGCAGCAGCCCUCUUCCGGUUGCAGCAGCUGGAGCAGCAGCAGUCGCCCCAACUGCAGCAACAGCACCACCGGCGGCAAGGUGCUCCUCGCCUACUUGUCUAG